AUGUCAACAAACGUAAACGCAACCACAAAUGCAACACAAGAUUCGAGCUGCUUUGAUUCAACAGCAACAAGAACCAGGGAAACCACAGUUCUGUGUGCGCUUUUCGUAGCCUCACUGGUUGGAAACAUCUGUAUCGGGCUGGUUGUAUGCAAGACGAAAACCUUAAGAAAACCUAUUAUUUUUUUUAUUGUAAACAUGGCCAUGUCCGAUCUUCUCUUUCCGGUUUUCCUGUUACCACGUAUUCUGACGAGGUUGUAUGUCGAUACCUGGUUGAUCAAAGGGCCUCUCGGCGAAGCUAUGUGCAAGAUUGUUUCUUACUCGAUCGAGAUGUCCGCUCUUGUGAGUAUACAAAGCCUGGUUCUGGUGGCUGUUGAUCGUUUUGUAGCUGUGGUAUAUCCUCUCCGUUCUCCCCUCAUCAGCUCUAAGUUGUGUUGUUUUUUUAUCCUCGCCACUUGGAUCAUCUCCCUUGCCAUCAAGUCCCCAGAUUUGUUUGCCUGGAAACUUGUUGAGAAUCGAAAUGGGCUGGCGUGUAGGUUGCGAUGGAAGGAAGCGUUUGGAGAGUCAUUGCCCUUUAAAAGCUACAUGUUGGCUUUGAUUGUUAUAUUUUGGUAUAUUCCUUUGGUUUUGAUAGCCAUACUCUUCAUCACCAUUGAGAACAAAUUUAACUCCCACGAGACUCCAGGCGAGCAAACAUUGAACGUAGGAAUACAACGUUUGAAGAGAGAGAGAAAUGUUUCGAAGAUGUCUGUCGCCGUCGUGUUGGUGUUCACGGUGUGCUGGCUGCCUGCCACCAUCCGGAUGUUAUUAAGCCUCUAUUCAUCAGACAACAUUAUGAUAUCAUUUUGUAGUUUCCAAUACUUCGAACAGAUCGCGUAUUUUUUAGCUCAAUCAAACUGUGCCAUAAACCCUUACAUCUCUUUCAUUUUCAGUGGAAAUUAUCGUGAAGGUCUUAAGAGUCUUCUCAGCUGUUUGUACAGGAGUAAUCGACUUGAACCGCUCCCAAAGUUGAACUGAGGCACUACAGCCUACACUAACUUGUGAGAAGCAAAAGCUAAGAAUUUAGAAAUGGAAAAGAAAAGUAGCAGGAAAUGAAUAGGAAAAUUA